UUUAACUCUUUUAAAUGGUGGGCUUUUAGAAAAAAGCAAAUUCCCUUCCCCCCAACAAUCAAAGAUGUACAGAAAACACUAACUCCUUUCUUCCUUAUCUCCUCCCCUUUAAGAUUUGAUGAUGAUCCUGGUAGGCAAAUCAUGCUUACAAUAUUAUCUUUCUCCAUCUUUACGUUCUCAACCGGAGAAAAAGAGAGAGAUUCCUUUCAUGUCCCACACCUUUUACCUUUCCUGUAUUCCCAUCUCUGCCCACAAACAAAUGACACCUAUUGAUUCUCCAUUUAUACUCUUGGCCCUCAUCGUACAAGGGCACAUCUAUCUUCAUCUCUCCUUUCUCCCUGCCUCAUGAUUUCAGACGUAGAGAAACCUCGAGUAACGGAGAUACAAGUCCGGAUGGACUGUAACGGGUGCGUGCAGAAGAUUAAGAGAGCACUGCAUGGCAUCAAUGGUAUCUAUGAUAUAUACAUUGACUUCCCCCAACAAAAGUUGACGAUCAUCGGGUGGGCAGAUCCAGAGAAGAUACUCAAAGCCAUUAGGAAAACAAGAAAGAUUGCUACCAUAUGUUCCCACACUGAACCAGAAACCGCCACACAACCAACUGAACAACCACCUGACGGGGGUGCAGAGCCAAUACCAGAACCAGAAGCAACAAACUCUCCACCAGCAGAAACUCCACUAGCUGAAGCACCUCCAGCAGCAGAGUCGCCGCCACCACCUGAGAAUCCACCCCCAGAGGCAGCACAAGCACCUUCACCUUUACACAUUGCUAAUGACACCAAUACAGCUCGACCAACACAGCCUACUGGUCCUAAGGAUGUAGGGGAAGUCCAUGUAAUAUACCACCACCCACCACCGGACUAUGGCUACAGAUAUGGAUACAAUCAGGGCUAUGUUAGGCCCUGGAAUAAAUACCCCAGUGGCCAAGGAUUACCUCCAGCAGCGAAGUCACCGCCACCACCUGAGAAUCCACCCCCAGAGGCAGCGCAAGCACCUUCACCUUUACCCAUUGCUAAUGAUACCAAUGCAGCUCAACCAACACACCCACCACUGGACUAUGGCUACAGAUACGGAUACUGUCAUGGCUAUGUUAGGCCCUGGAAUAAAUACCCCAGUGGCCAAGGACUACCACCAGAAUCAUCACAGCCUCUCCAUGUGACGCACAGCUACAACUCAUACAAGCCAUCACCUUAUGUCACUGAAUAUGAUUAUACUAGGUCACCACCUAGAUAUACAUACUACAAUAGGAGAGACCACUACAAUGAGGAUUAUCACAGCAGCAGCAAUGGAAAUAUCACAUCAAUGUUCAGUGAUGAAAAUCCAAAUGCCUGUAUAAUAGUAUAGAAAGUUCAGGGAGGCUGAUCUGAAUGAACAAACCUUUCUUGUGGUGCUGAAAGAAGGGCUAGAUGGAGAAUAACUAGUGAGAUAAUAGAAGGUGGGAGCAAUGUUAUCAAAUAAGCAUGUGAGAUGUUUCAGGGAAGAACGAGAUUCUAAUCUUGUUAAGUGACGGAAGAAUUGAUUCUGCAUUCCACUUCUGAGGGGCUUUACAUUUGCCUGCUAUUCUUGUCUUUUAGAAGAAUCCUAUAAAGAAUUGGUUCUAUUCUACAACUACGCUUCUCCGCCCGUCUAUCUUGACAAGUCCUCUCCUUUCUAUAUCUGAUGACUUCUUAGCUCCCUUGAAUUUCCCCUGAAUUACUUAAAAGUUUCUCUAUCCAAACUACUUUUGAAGAUAAUCUCUUUUUUUGAAUAGAAAUUUUUUAUUAAGGCACCAAACUCCAAGCAGGUGCUGACCAGA